AUGAAGUGGACGGGAAAACGCAACGACGGGGGAGGCGGCGUCGCAGAGGCGGCAAUGUGGUCCAAAGUGUUCUCCCCGCUCCUGGCGAACCGACUGCGACCCGCGCAGACGUUCCCACAGCUGAAAUUUCGCCCGCAGCAGCACCGCCCUCUCACCAACCAGCGCCGCUGCGCUGUUCCGCUGUCGUUGUUGGACCCGAACAGCCUCGACUUCGCCCGCCGUGAAAUCGCUCCCGGAGAUGUCGUGGAGCUGCGCGACUCCGAACACCACCGCCUGCUGGCACUGGGCUUCUAUGAGCCGGCGCUGCUCCGCGUGGAUGUCUUCCACGUCACACCGAAGGUCGUGUCGGAGCUUCCAAUCAUCAGCGAGGAGUUCUUCCUCCGCCGCGUUCGUGAGGCCUGGGAGCGGCGACGGCGUGCCUUUGGCCAGGCGGGGAGGGAGGGUAACAACGCCUACCGUGUGGUGAACGGCACCGUGGAUGGUGUGCCGUCACUUUAUGUCGACCUCUUCUCCUCCAGUUUCGCCCGCGUUGUGGCGACUUCGACCGGGGCCGAACGGCUCGUCCCGUGUGUUACGGAGAUGCUGCGGCGCCAGGGCGCUGAGGAGGUGCUGCUCGACACGCCGUACCUGAAGGACCGCGAGAAACUCACACUUGUCCACCCCACGAUUUCUCUGCCGGGAGAGUAUGUGGAGAACGGCACAAGUCACCUGUGGGUGCCGUCGACGGAGUACCCCGCAACACGAAGUAAUCGGUGGCUGGUUAACACAGCGCAUCGCCGCACACGACGUUUGCUUCGAGACGUAUGUCGAGGUAAGCGUGUUCUGUGUUUGAAUGAUCGCAGCGGAGCUGCUGCACUGAAUGCCGUAAUGUCAGCAAAGCAAGUCGUAGUUUCUGAAACAGAUACUGCACUGCUUGACCGAGUCCGGGAGAACCUGGUGGCCAACCAUGCCACGGCCGUCUUCAAAACGUGUGAGACCGUAGCUGCAUCGCUUGAGGAUCUCGAUCUCCGCAAGCAGGACGUGGUUUGCUUGGAGCAUCAUCCCUACACUUUGUCAUCUGCUGGGCAGUGGCAAACGGCCUUUAUGAGCCUGUUGCAGCGGCGUAUUUGUGGUGAUGGGAGUGUGCUCUUUGUGGCACAAGAAACCGCGCCGCUUGGUAUUACAGACCUCCUUCAGCAACAAUCGUCUGACGCACGCGUUAUGCCAGCCCUGCGCGAUGAGAUUUCGCAGGCUAUUCGUGCUGCUGCUGGCAAGCACAAGUUAAGUACCCGACAAAUCCGUGUCUUUGGGCCAUCCAUUGAUCAUCCGGUCCUUCCUUUGGAUGACUCCCCGUGCUUCUCACAGGUGUUUCUCCUGGAGGGAAGUUCGUGA